AUGGAACAAAGUCUUAAAAGCGAAGUACUCUGUUCAUUUCUAAGUGUUCCCAAAUAUUUAAUGGUGCAGAUAUUUGUGGAAACAAUAGCCGGUGUGAGUAACAUCCGACUCAGCUAUUCUGAAAGUGACCCUGUUUCGAAACUAGCGAACGACAUCUCUUCACGUCUUCCUCUGAGCCUGCAGCAUCGAUCGGCCAUAGUCACAAGAGACGGUAGUCUCAUCUCCAAAUACUCCAAAGUUUCAGACUUGACUAAAGAUGCAGGCUAUGUGAAUCUGCACUUGAGACUACCGCUUUGUGGUGGAAAGGGAGGGCUCGGAACUACCCUGAGACUCCAAGGCGGCAAGAUGGGGAAGAAGAAAAAUUCCCGAGAAGGUGAUUAUAAGAAUCUUGACGGUAUUAGACUGAAGAUUAUUGCAAAGAUGAAAAGGAUGGACGAGCUGAUACGAUCAUUACCCGAACAAGAGCGCGAGAGGGUGAGGAUGAAAAAAGAAAAGCUGCGAAAACUGGUGGAUAUGGAUGUGGAAAAGCUUGUUAACGACAGGGCCGGCAAAUUCGAUGACACUAAGUAUAUUGAGGAUGCUGAGAAGAUAAUGGAGGAUAUCAAAAACGAUGUCGAUCUCUUGAUGGAGAGUGAUGAAGAAGAUAGCGAUGACAGCGAUGACAGCGAUGAUGAUGACGAUAACGAUCGGGAUGAUAAGAAAGACACAGAGAGAACCAAUACUGGCCCUAGCAGCUCAAGAAACAGCAAGUUUGCUGCGUUUUACGAUGACGAAGAUGAGUGA